AUGCAGACUCAUUGUUUAAAAGCCCUGUAUCUUCAAGAUCACACUGGGGAAAACAUUCAAGAGGCUCUUGGGCUAAUUUUAGAAGAUUGGAAAUUAUCCUCUCAAAAGCAAGUUGCCAUUACAACUGAUAAUGGAAGCAAUAUUAAACUAGCUUGUAAUCUAUUACACUGGACCCGUGUAAGUUGUUUCGGUCACAAUUUGGACCUUGCUAUUAACAAGGGAUUGGUGGAUAAUCGUAUUGAUCGCGCCAUUAGAUUAUGCAGGAAAGUUGUCGCUGCCUUUUUCUACAGUUGGAAACGCAAGAGAUAUCUUAGAGAGAUGCUAGAAAAGAAUAAUAUAUCGUGUAAAAAGCUAAUAGCUGAUGUAAGUACUAGAUGGGGUUCCACUGCUAUUAUGAUUAACAGAAUUUUGGAACAGAAGGAAGUUAUUAGAAUUGUCCUGGGACAAGAUCGUACUACUUCUCACCUUCUACCUUCAUGGCAGGAUUUAGAUGUCCUACAAUGCGUGGCUACUGUUAUUACCCCAUUCCAAACGUUAACUGACUUACUUUCAGGAGAAAAACGUGUCACUUGCUCAGCUAUUAAGCCUUUACUUCAAGUUAUAUACACAACCAUGCUAAAUAUUAAAGAAGAUGAGCCUACACUAGCUAAAGAAAUGAAAAUGAGAAUAAAAGAAGAUUUAGAGAGUCGUUAUUCUAAUACAGAAAUUAGCAGUCUUCUGGACAAGUGUGCCUUUGUAGAUCCUCGAUUCAAGCAUAGCUAUUCUAUAGAUGAUGAGCUUGUAGCUGAAAUCUUAUCCGAAAUGAACGAGCUAACAAUUGUAAGUGAUGACAUACAAUCAAAUGAGGAGUCAGAAAACCUAGCCCUUGAACCUCCUCCACCAAAGAAAGGAAAUUUUAGUUCAAUUUUUGGACCAGUAUUAGUCACUAAUAAUUCAGAUGCAUCUCAGCAAUCUCAAGACGAUAAUGCUGAAAGACAAGUCGAGUUAUAUUUACAAUACCCUUCACUUCAUACAGACAUGGACCCUCUGAUUUGGUGGAAACAAGAAUCCUCAAAGAGUCCCUUACUCUCUGUUCUGGCACGUAAAUAUCUCUCGAUCUGUGCAUCAAGUGUGGCAUCGGAACGAAUGUUCAGCAAAGCUGGCAUUAUCGUAUCUGAUAGAAGAUGUUGUCUUAAACCAGACAAAAUUGAACAAUUAAAUCUGCAGCUACAGGCGUCACUGAUGAUGAAGGCACGAAACAAUCCGGCCAGCAAACAGCCUGAAGUUCCUCUAAAGAUCCAGCACCAUCAUAAGGCUGAUGAGCAAAAGAUCCACCAUCAUAAGGGUGAUGAGCAAAAGAUACACCAUCAUAAGGCUGAUGAGCAAAAGAUCAUCCAUCAAAAUGCUGAUGAGCUGCUCAAUCUACCAGCUUUUGAAGACAUCAUCCAAAUGCUAGCAGCACUAAACAGGAGCACUCCAUUCCGGAUCAGGUUCCAGCGGGAUAUGACUGUGUUUGGAAGAGUCAUUGGCUUCUACACGAAAUCUUGUUUACUAAAAGUGAUGACUGAGUAUCCGAUUUACUCUGGAGAAGUGUUAUCGUGUGCUACCCAAGCUGCAAACAGAAUGUUAAUGGAUUUUCGGCUAAAACAAGGCGAGGGAAGCCUGAAGCCGGGACAAGAGGUAUAG